AUGCAAGGCGCUGGGUGGGUAGAUGGAGAAAUCAUUGAGACCUUGUGGUUGCUACUCAACAUUGCAUCCACCUUGGCCCAGGGCAUGAGUGCCCCACACAACCAGGAGCUGUUGGAUUUUCAGAUCAACAAUUGCAACUUCAUGAAGAUGAUUUGCAUGGUCAAUAGUCUGAUGCAGAAACUGACAACUGUGAGGGUAGCAGCAGAUAUGGCAAAAUGGCCAUUCAAGACAUUGGAUGAAGCAGUGUCUGUGACACAAUGUGAUAUGUGGACCUACCAAGAGCAAGUGGCCUUCAGAGACCAAAUGGUUGACCCCUCUGCCAUGGAUAUCUUCAAAGUGCAAAUGAAGAAGGCCCCAACAGUGUAUACUGUUGAACUGGAGUUUUUGAACAAUACCACAUUGAGCAGGGCACAGUGUGGGAUGGGAAGUUGGCUCACUCAUGGUCUCAGGUUGGAAGAAGUGGCAAUCACAUUGUGCAUCGAUCAUUGCAAUGUUGGUGCACAUGUGCCAGAGCUGAAAAGAUUGGUAAUUGCAUGA